AUGUUAGUGUUGAUCAGAGGAGCGCUGUCCGGUAAAGGACAGGGAGCAGCAGCAGCAGGGGCGACUCUGCUGGGAUGGAGCCCCACGCGGGGCUACCUCACCGUCAUCCCCAAGACCAGGCAUCCCGCGGCCCACGUCCGGGUGGUGGACCUCCGCACAGACUCAGUGACCAAGCCCGGGCCCGCGAUGCUCCAGGCCAUGGUGGCGGCCGCGCACAGAGCUGAGCUGAUGAGAGAAGACCCGAUAGUUCAUGAGCUAAAGAAAAUUGCAGCGGAUAUGUUUGGGAUGGAGGAUGCGCUCUUUCUACCCAGUGGAACCAUGGGAAACCUUGUUGCAGUGAUGUCGCACUGCUGGGAGUGGGGCAACGAGAUGAUUGUGGGCGACCUGUCCCAUUUGCACAUAUAUGAGCAGGGGUCAAGCGCACAGGUGGCUGGUGUCCACAGCACCACAGUGACCACGCUCCGUAAUGGAACAUUUGACUUGGACGAGCUGGAGUCAAAGAUCCGCCCCGAUCACCCAUCGCUGGCCCGCUCACGGCUCAUAUGUUUGGAGAACUCACACAACAUACAGGGAGGAUGUGUGUUGCCUCUGACCUUCUUGCAGGAGGUUCGUGCUUUGGCAGACAGAUACGGGCUGUCGGUUCACAUGGACGGAGCCAGGCUAUUGAACGCUGCCGUGGCCCAGGGAGUGCCUCCACACACAAUACUGCAGCACACACACUCUGUUACUAUGUGCCUCAACAAGGGUUUGGGUUCCCCUGUGGGUUCCGUGCUGGCUGGAUCCAAAGACUUCAUCAACCGAGCGGUGCGGACGAGACAUGCCCUGGGUGGGCGGAUGGGCCAGAUUAGUGUACUAGCAGCAGCUGGAAGAGUGUCUUUACUGGAUAUGGUGGAACGACUGGAGGAGGAUCACCGCAACGCAAAAACCUUUGCUCAAGCUCUGCUCGACUGUGACCCCCCUCUAUUUGCUGUCGACAUGGCGUCUGUGGAGACAAACAUCGUGGUUUUCCGGCUCAGGGAGCCCAGUUGGACUCCCUCUGAGUUCUGCGCCCACAUGUUUCAGGUCGGAGAGGGGGAGGAGGCUGCACUGGGACAAGCGGUGCAGGUUGCGAUGAUUCCUUUCUUUGGAAACUCGGUCCGGGCUGUGUGGCAUCUCGGGAUCUCCCCUGAAGAUACCCAGCUGGCCAUCCAGAAAAUGCAAUAUGUUGUGUCUCAGUACUCAAAAGAGAAACUCUUUUGUUCAGCAAGUGUCUAAUCCACAGGGACAUCUUUUAUGGGAGAGGUGCUGCACAGUAUGAACUAACGUUUCAGUCAAAUGAAUUGUUUUUUAAUAUCUUGUAAUUAAACAAACUAUACAAUAAACACACUUAUAUAAUCAAUAUCAAAAGGAGAUAACGAUUCCCCCGUUUAUCACUAUUAACACAAACACUGUAGAUACAUUCCUUCAUGUUAACAAGAGCCCAGAGUCAUUCUUGUCUCUUAGUUAUUCAAGUUCAGUUGAAUGUUUUAGAUUUUUCAAAAAUAUACUGUCUUUUCUUCGACAUGUUCACAUCUUUCUCUAAAUCCGUAACAACUAUUCAUCAGUAAGAAACAAUACCAGUCAAUUAAGAUUCAUUUUGGGUUGAGCAACACUUUCUUUAUCUUAAACAUCUGCGAGGAUCCUUCACCUGUUAUAUAUGGAUAUUUGAAGGUUGGGCGUCUACAGUUUGCUUUCUUUGACUUCUGCUGUGUUCUGCACAAAGAUUUGUAUCGAAAGAUAUACAUUCCAAAUGUCCAAAUUUAUAUGUGGCAAAGUCACGUGUGUGUGAGUAUAUGAACGACCUUUGGGUGAUACUCAUCAGAGAACAUGCACAGAUAUGCUGAGGACACACUGCUGUUUAUGGCUUUGGAACAAAGUUAAUUGCUGGUUAGGCUGCAGUAAACCAGUUAUUUCCCAAUUUGUAUCAGGUGGUCUACAUACUCUUUGUUUUUCACCAGUCUUGUUCGUACAUGUUAGUAGAGUAAAAUACUGAAGUAGCACAUCCCAGGAGUUUCGGUCAGUUGUCACUUAUGCCCUGUGGGUUUAAGUUGUUGCAAACAAUCACACAAUCAGGAAAAGGGGCAGCUCUGCCUUUUUUAAACCAUCCACCAAAACCAUGUAAUUCCACACAAAAGAUAAGAGAUGCACGCUACUUGACCAUUUAAACAACCUUCACCUAUUUUAUUGUUAUUAUAUAUUUAUUAUGUAACUUCUACCUAUCGCAUAUUCACUUGUAUUCACCCAUUGAUAUUUGACCAGAAUUUGACCAGAAUUUCUUUCCUAUCUUUACACUGUGAAUAUUUGUUUUUUCUAUUUUUUUCUAUUUUUCAAACUUAAGUUUUACUUAUUAAUUGCUGAUGCCUUUUUGACUCUUGAUGCUGUAAUAGUGCAAAGUUCCCCAUUGUGGAACAAAUAAUAAAAUCUGCACCAACAACAAAAAUAA